UUUUGCACCACUGACGAGGAUAUGGACUCCACGCGAUGAGCACUAGGAUGACCAGCCCAGAGCCAACGGAUGGAAGUCGCUCCCCGUCACCCGUGCCUUCACAGAUCAACAGCCCACCACUGCAGGCUCAGGGGUUCAAGCCACGGUUGUCGUUCAGCAUAAGCAGGCUUCUCGGCGAUGACUCGCCAGAGAGACCUGUCAGCGGGGACUGUGGUCCUGGGACCGCGGGUGAAGGGUCUUCCUUGAGCCCACUGACGGUCCCCGCCGCCGCUGGUUCGCCGUCAGGGUUGCCUGGCGCCUCCCAGCUCAGUCCUCUGCACCUUGGUGCCAAUGGAACUGUGAUUCGCGUGCCAGCUCAUCGGCCGGCACCGAUGAAUUCCUUUCCUUCUGGCUUUCCUUGGAUUGGACCAGCACAUGCCGUUGUCAAAGACAGGCUGCAAGUUCCAUUCGGCUUACCCAGCGCCAUGCCUCCAGUUCCACCUCGAAGGAUCGGCCACCCAUAUCAAAAUCGGACGCCUCCGAAACGGAAAAAACCUCGUACGUCUUUCACGCGCAUGCAGAUCUGUGAGCUCGAGAAGCGUUUCCACAAACAAAAGUACCUGGCUAGUGCAGAGCGGGCGGCCCUUGCCAAACAACUUAAAAUGACAGACGCCCAGGUGAAGACAUGGUUCCAGAACCGGAGGACGAAAUGGAGGCGACAAACAGCCGAGGAACGGGAAGCCGAGCGGCACGCAGCGAAUCGACUCAUGAUGUCCUUGCAAGCUGAAGUGGUAGGCAAGUCAAUCUACGAAGGUGCCCGAGACUCGAUAUGCUUGAGCAAUGCCUCCUUGCACGCACUGCAGUCACUACAGCCGUGGGCUUCCGAAGCGGCGGCUGCCGGAGCCUUGCAUGCAGCACAGGCCGAACGGGGAUCGGCCUACCUGGGACCUCCAUCGCUGGCGUCGCCCCUCUGUUGACUCUCUGUGAUCUCGGGAACAUGAACGGCGCACCCCUCUCUUUCAUGGGCAUUACGUGAUUUCGCCAAACAUGGACCAUGACGGCCUUCCUGGACGAAGCUGAGCGCCACAUGCACUGCAAUAAGCGCGACAGAGUGCCAUGCCUCCUACUGACGGAACAACAACUAGUCCUGUGGAUUGAUACUCUUGGACGGGCGGGUGGAAGUGCGCGUCUUGAUAGGUUUCAAUAGUCUUCCGCUUUGUGUGCCCAUCGGAUUUUGCCGAGCACGGGUCGCUGCGAUCCGAAUGAACUGCUUGUUUUGUGUGUGUUGUCUUCUUGCAAAGUACAUGACAAGAUGUAGACAGGACUCAUCACGUGCGGAACAUACUGUAGUAUUAGCUACUGUUGAUAUCUGCGAUACCGUAGUUUCUUUGUUGCUUGUGUAUACUCUCAGACACUUGUCAGCCAUUACAGCAGGAGGGGGAGAACAGAACGAAGUGGAAAAUGUCACGAGGCCUAUAAAGCACCUUAGCGGAAACCUGGGGGUCGGGCGAGGCGCCAGAAAAUUGAUUGCAGCAGGCGCCAUGGUCGCUAAAGAUAUGAUCAAACCACAUUAAUAAGGACGUAGAAUUUCCUCCAGUUAUACAAUCUAAUGGAACUGAAAAGAAACAUGAAACAAAGAUUGCGAUUGCACGAAUUUGAGUUGCAUUUUCGCAUACUACAACGUAGAAACUACGGCACUUAUACAUGUUAUAAAAGGUAGAAACCGCAGCUCGAUGAGGCCACAAUUUACAUUAAUUUCGUUAGAUUUUUGCAGUUGUUCGAUUAGGGGAACGCAUUAUGAAAUAAAAGGCAUAGCAUGUGUUGCAGCUCACAGUGAGAGCCAACAGGACUCUGCAGUGCACGUAAACCAAGUGUGUGGUGACUCAACCACGCGUAUUGCACAGUUGGACCUUCUUGCACGAUUCAUCCAUUCAGGGUGUAGUUGGUGUCUGCAAGAAAAGUGCGAAUGUUCAGUAACUUGUCUGACGGGUGGAGGCUUCCCUGAAGCAGAGCAGCCCAAAACAGUUGUCCGUAUAUUUAUCCGUGUCUAUUUCGAGUAUUUUGAUUUAUUUAUUUUUUCAUCUUACGCGGUUGUGAGACUGCCUGCUAUUGAUCCCGUCACGUCUCCGUCUUCACACGUAUUUGGCUUACCCGAAACGGCAGCCGACGGUGGUUUUGAUGUCAUGGAAUCAGUUAUGACUCCGUGAUAUGGGAAAUGUCGCCGAGCUGGUAUAGAGCUGCACAAAUUGCAAUUUAGUCAAAACGCUAGGUACUGGUAGCAGAUUGCCCAACUAUACGGCAACCAUGCAGCUAUCCGAAUGCUUGUUUUUUUCUACUUUUGACACAAACAAAGAACUGUCUAAUAACGAUAAUGUCACAUUCCCAUAACAUGACUGUUGUCCGAUUCGAUUGACAUUGACUCAAGGCGAGCUUAGGUCACGACUGUUUAUCUGCUCUGCUCACCAAGAGGGUAGCUUCCCCCGGCACCAAGAUUACUGUUGCUACUUCGCAGCUUUGAGGAAAACUAAUGUGAAACUAUUUACCUCACCAAUAAACUGCCUAAUCAGAGCCACACAAAUGCAUUGAAACUGAACUCAGCGGAGCGUAACAUGAUCUCUACACAGCACCUCCUCAUGCUGAAGAGGACACCUGAAAUCCAACAUCUACAGUGAAUGUUGAAGUUAGAGUUGAAGAGCUCCGUUUCACAGCACUAGGGUUUCUUGUUCUCGGCAAUUACAUUUUUCG